CUUGCACACUCGAAUGAGUAUAUUUCGAAUCUUCAGAUCCGAAGUGACAACAACAUUGCAACAUGUCCGAAACAGCAAAAUCCCCAGCCAAAAAGAAGCCAGCAGCGCCUAAAAAGCCUGCCGAUCAUCCACCUUAUUUGGAUAUGAUCAAGGCUGCCAUUGUAGCACUGAAGGAGCGAAGCGGUUCUUCCCGCCAAGCCAUCGAGAAAUACAUCAAAGCCAACUACAAGGUUGGCGAGGUUGGUCCUCACCUGAAGAUGGCUUUGAAGAGAGGCGCCGCCAGCGGAAAGCUUCUACACACCAAGGGAGUUGGUGCUUCAGGCUCCUUCAAGGUGCCCAAGGAGGAAAAGAAGGAGAAGAAACCGAAGAAGAAGCCAGCUGCAAAGAAGAAACCAGCCGCCAAACCGAAGAAGCCCGCUGCCAAGAAGGCGGCGAAGAAACCAGCGGCAAAGAAGGCUGCAAAGAAACCCGCGGCGAAAAAGCCAGCAGCAAAGAAACCUGCAGCUAAGAAACCAGCAGCAAAGAAGCCCGCAGCUAAAAAACCCGCCAAGAAAGCAGCCAAGAAACCCGCUAAGAAAGCGGCAGCGAAGAAGCCCACCAAGAAGCCUGCCGCCAAGAAGUCGCCUAAAAAGUAAAUUGCCGCGAUUCUUCAAUAAACAAAACGGCUCCUUUAGGAGCCACCAAACACAAAAAAGUAAUGACCAAAGAAGUACAUUAUAUACAGCAUGACAAAAUAUAUUAAUUUAGCAUAGUCCCCGUUUUUCCCUGUAGUUUUGGUAUCAUCUUUAAGGUCGAAAUCGACUUCAUAGCUCGUCUUAUACUGUCAUUGUUUUUUUUUUCCCUAAAAUGUUUUCGCCGCAAUCAUUUUUCUCUGAGUGUCUAAAAAAGUCUGGAAAUUUUGAAUAGUAACCCAAAUGGAGUUAAACAUUGCUGUUCAUGAAAGUAGUAACCAUAUUUGUUUACUACAACAUAAGACUAUCAGUGUGUUAGUUCAUGUCACACUGACGCACUGAUCCACUUUAUUCGAGUGGCAAUAUCGCCUCAUGACAAAUAACUUCAUCAUUUUCAAAACUGUUAAAUGAUAUCAAUUAUAUCACUCGGAAACUUCCAGCCGCUGUCGGAAAGCCUGAAACCCCACCUGACGGGAGAGAAGGAAGGAACUUCAGAGAACACUCGGCGAGCUGAGGAAAAAGCAACCACACCGGCGCGCUUUUUACGUUCUCUCUCCCUAGUUUCCACGCGUUUCUUCUCGUGUGGGAUCGGGAGAGAAGAAAAGAACCUAAAGCAAAGUAACUUACCCUUUGUUGUAUUUCCAGUCAGCUUGCUUUAGUUACACUCCAGUUAAGGUC